AUGCUGGCGCGCAAGAGCACCCACAAGCGCAAGCGCAGCUCCGCCAGGGCAGACUCGGCACGCGCUCGUCCCUCCACCAGGUUCAUCGCCAACCUCUUGCCGCACCCGCAAGCGGCAAGUUCCUCCUCGAAUGCUGAGGCUGCUACCGAUGAGCUUGCUCGGGCAGAUACAAGGCUAGUCAGGCUGGUCGAUCAGCAUCCCUUCAACCACUCGCUCGAGUUGAUCCUGCCUUACUGCCCGUCGCCUUCAUCCGCAUCGGACACACCGGCGUCACCGCCAGCAACAAUUCAAUCCCUUCUGGCCGAACUCACCUCUCUCAGCGACGGCGACAGGGCGACGUCGUACCUCGCCCGGAUUCCCCUUUCUCUCUUCCUCGACCCGCUCUUCGUCACGGCCUACAUCCGCUGCGGCUCUCUCACCGCCCUUAGUCUCGGACGACUCGACACUGACGACGUCGUCUGCCUCGACGGUCAGGGCACCCUCAUCCUCUCCCUGACCAAGGAAACCUACCAGACCCUCGGCCUCACGGGACGGCCCAGCCACUUCUUCCGGGGCGCAUCGGGCCGCGCCGGAGAUCGCCAGAGCGGCGCCGUGACCCGCUACAUUGUCGAGCUGCCCCUCCUCUCUCCCUCGUUUGUGCCCGGGAAGAAGGGGUACCAGCAGGCCCUCAACUGCUUGAAGAGGUGGGAUGCGGCCAGGUCGAAUCGGCACGGCGCCAGCACCCUGGCAGAAACCCAUCUUGCCGGCCAGAUCCACGUGCUGCAACGGGCCGGAGCGGACGCUGGCACGUCGGCCUCUUCGUCCUCGCAGGCGCAGGAACGGAACGCGACCUGGGACGUCCUCUUUUCCUGGACGCCGAGCGUCGAGGCCGAGGUCGAGGCGGAAGGGCAAGGCGGCGCUGCUGGCGUGCCCACCACGAUCAACUUUCCCUCGCACCUCGUCGACCCUCUGACGGUCCGCAAGGUCGAGAGCCGGGGCACCGUCUCCGAGGGCAUCAACGACGUCUGGUUGCCCCGCCUGUGCUGUCAGAGCACGCAAGGCCCAACGAUACCCGGCGUCGAGAGGCUGCGAUGUGGGUGGCGGGACGGCGGCAAAGCCAAGGCCAAGGCGCACGACGAGGAUGCGAGCAAGCCCAGCUGGGCAGAGUGGCAGCUCCUGGCGCAAGAGACGAUCGAAUGGCUCGGCCUCGCGUCGAUUGGGGCGGAAGUGAUCAAGACCUACUGGCGACCGAGCGACUACUGCCUCUACGCCGCACCAGAACCGCACGAGGCGGGGAGCGUGAUCAAUGUGACGUGGCGCGGCUUCCUCUCCUCACGCCUCAUUGCCAAGAUCGCCUCUCGCGUCGAGCGAUUCCUCGACGGCAACUCGUCGUUGUCAUCGUCGUCAUCAUCAUCGUCUUCGUCGUCAUCGGCUUUGUCGACGUCAGCAACAGCCAGAGGGUGGGCGGCACUCUGCGUCACGGGCUUUAGCGACACGCCCGUCUCGUGGCGCGCCAAGACGCCCAUCAGCAACCACUACGGCUCUUCCCACCAAGCAUCCAGUACGGCAAAGGCGCAGCCGAACGGCGUCGGCGACCGCCCCUCUCCCUCAUCGUCGAAGAAGCACAAGUGCAACGGCGACAACGCACCAGCAGCAGCGGCGGCCGCGGCGGCGACGGCGACGGCACAGACCGAGGAAGGCGAAGAGCAGAUGGACGUCGACGCCUCUUCCUCCGACGAGGAUGGCGACCAAGACGAGAGCGACUCGGACGCCUCCCUGGACCUUACCGUCUUUGGCUCAGCUGGUGGCGGCGGCGGCGAUGGCGGGGCGAGGCAGACGGGCAAGGCGGCGCGCAAGAAGCGGGCGAAAAAGGUCAAGCGGCGCGGCCACGUCCGCAAGGGCGAGGCCGAACAUGGAUUCCAACGGAGCGGCGAGGACGGCUACGUCGCCCUGUGUUUCGCCCGGCCACGACCACGCGGCGAUGCGGCGGAUCCAGGGGAGUCGGAAGCGGGAGCGCGCUGGAUCCUUGUCGAGAGCGUCGAGGCCGAUCUGCGCUGCUGA